AUGGGAAAAGGGCGGAAAAAUAAACCAUACCGACAGAUGGAUGAACGCUUCCCACCAAAGUCCAAGAGAAGCACAAACUUUGGAGGACCCGCGAAUGAUGGCAAAGAGCCAGCAAAACCCGCGAAUGAUGGCAAGGGGCCAGCAAAACCCGCAAAUGAUAGCAAGGGACCAGUAAAACCUGCGGAUGAUCGCGAGGGGUCAGUAAAACCUGCGAAUGAUCGCAAGGAGUCAGCAAAACCCGCCGAUGAUCGCAAGGGGUCAGCAAAACCCGCCAAUGAUCGCAAGGGUCCAGCAAAACCCGCGAAUGAUCGCAAGGGUCCGGCAAAACCCGCGAACAAUCGCAAGGGGCCAGCAAAACCCGCGAAUGAUCGCAAGGGGACAGCGAAACUCGCAAAUAAUCGCAAGGGGCCAGCAAAACCCGCGAAUGAUGGCAAGGGGCCAGCAAAACCUGCGAAUAAUGGCAAGGGGCCAGCAAAACCUGCGAAUAAUGGCAAGGGGCCAGCAAAACCUGCGAAUAAUGGCAAGGGGCCAGUACCAAAUCGUCCGAAUCGUAGACGUCAACGACGUUCGAAGAAGCGAGCUUUGAUAAACAACUCAGUGAUAGUGCCAGGCGGCCCCAUGCGUACUACCGAACGAAAAAACUAUUCUCGCUUUAAGCGACGAAAGACUGGCAUACCGAAUCAAAAUACAGGUGCGACGGUUGAGCAGAGUCGAAUUAGAAACACCGAUGCGUUCGUUCCCAAUGUUUCAUACCCUCGUCAAUUUUAUGGUUAUACCGAGCAGGAUAAUGACGAUGAGCCUCAGCUCUCUUGUUCAGUUUGCCGUUCAAAGGUUUUGAGAAAAUUCCUGGAACUUCAUGCAUGGAUGCAUCUCUCAUGGUUAGUUCAGGUCGGAGAUCGAUAUCCCUUCCAGUGUACGCGUUGCGAUUUUUCUGCUUUCCGUAUUCCGGAUGUGGUAUGUCAUGCCAAGGAGGCACAUGGUAAUGUGGGUACCAGUCUAUUUCAUCCAACUGUAUCAGAUGAAAUUUUGCAAUCUUUUUUUGAAAAAGUUGUAGAAUGCUUUCCACCUACGAUUUCCAAUAAUGUAUAA